CCGGAGGGCCGUUCGGUGGCUGCCGUUGACGUGGUGGUGGUCGCGGAGUUGUUUUCUCUGUGGGGAGGAGAAAGAGGCUCGGCGGAGCCGGAGGGGGAAGAAGCGGGAGCCGAGGAUGGUCGCGGCGGUGGGAAGAAGAGGAUGGAGUCUGAGUAUCUAGAAGAGCUUCCAGAGACUGAUGAGCCAGUGUGGAUCUUGGGAAGGCAGCACCACCUUAAAAAUGAUAAAUCUAAACUAUUGUCUGAUGUAAGUGCUCGUCUUUGGUUUACCUAUAGAAGAAAGUUUUCACCAAUUGGUGGCACGGGCCCAUCCUCCGAUGCUGGCUGGGGCUGCAUGCUGCGAUGUGGACAGAUGAUGCUAGCCCAGGCUCUGAUCUGCCGGCACUUGGGGCGGGAUUGGCUGUGGGAAAAACACAGAAAGCAACCUGAAGAAUAUCACAAGGUCUUGCAUUGUUUCCUGGACAGAAAGGACUGCUGUUAUUCCAUCCACCAAAUGGCACAGAUGGGUGUUGGCGAAGGGAAGUCCAUUGGCGAAUGGUUCGGACCAAACACCGUGGCCCAAGUGUUAAAGAAACUUGCACUUUUUGAUGAAUGGAAUUCCUUGGCUGUUUACGUGUCUAUGGACAACACGGUAGUGAUUGAAGACAUCAAGAAGAUGUGCUGGUUCCCAUCCCAGGAUUGCCCCAGUGCCCACUGCAGUUCGCUGUUGCACAAGAGCCUUCUCAGCCGAAACAAGAGCCCAGGAGGGUUUUGCUGUGGCUGGAAGCCUCUGUUGCUGAUCGUCCCUCUUCGCUUAGGGAUAAACCACAUCAAUCCGGUUUAUGUGGAUGCUUUUAAGGAGUGUUUUAAGAUGCCACAGUCCUUGGGAGCUUUAGGAGGAAAACCAAACAAUGCCUACUACUUUAUAGGGUUUUUAGGAAACGAGUUGAUUUAUUUGGACCCACACACCACCCAGCUAUUUGUAGACUCUGAAGAAAAUGGUACAGUAGAUGACCACAGCUUCCACUGCCAACAGGCACCACAUCGGAUGAAGAUUCUGAAUCUGGAUCCCUCCGUAGCAUUGGGCUUCUUUUGUAAAGAAGAAAAGGACUUUGAUAACUGGUGUAGUCUUGUGCAAAAGGAGAUUCAUAAGCAACAGAGUCUGCGGAUGUUUGAGCUGGUUCAGAAACACCCCCCCCACUGGCCCCCUUUUGUACCUCCUACAAAACCAGAAGUAACGACAACUGGAGCAGAGCUCAUUGAGUCCACGGAUAAGCUUUUUGAAUUGGAAGAAGAGUUCGAGAUCCUGAGUGUCUGAAGGAAGCAUAAGCUGGCCUGUUGUGUGCCUGUGUGCAGCACAUGCCCGUGUCUAAGAACACACAGCCUUUCUAGCCCCAAAGUGCCUGAAUAUGACCUGCACAUAGAGCACAAGAACUGAGUAGCUCUGGGAACGGAGGCGAGAGUUCAGAACAUUGCUCAAGAAGGGAAGAGAAUCAAUCCUGGACUCAGACACGCAUCCCCCGCCCCCCAAUGUAUUAUCUCUGAUGGAAAUGAAUUUCUUGGGAUAGAGAAAAGGACAAUCAGACUAACAGCUCUGCUCUGUAGCUGGGGAUUUGCCUUGGAGGCUUCGCUACCCUGGAUGGCUAUUACUAGUCUGUGUCGUAUAAUGCAAUACUUCUGCUCACGCCGAAAGCAUGACGUUGAGGUAAACGGAGUGUGUUUACCUCUUGUUCCCUCACAUGGACAGUAGCUUGGGAAAAAGAGUUUCAUUGUCUUGUUUUAAGAGAUCAACGGGAUCAGGAGGAAAGCAGGUUUUGUUAAAAUAUUUAAGGUGUUGGCAACCGCACUUUGUUUCUAUAACAGGAACCGUCUUAUCAAUGUGAUUUUCAAUUGUCCUCCUAUUUCUAGGAGAUAGAUAAAGAAAUUGGGGGUGUGGAAGGCAACCCUCUAACCUCCUGAACAGCAUCUCUUGCGCAAGCCUUCUGUUCCCUGGAAAGGAAGGGGUGGUUGGUCAGGAAAAGGCAGUCCCAAAUCUUGUCGGGGUUGCUUCCUUCCUUCCUAAUUCUCAUUAUGCACAUUUCACAAUGACCUUAAGUUCAAAUCAUUAUUAAAACUUUUACUUUUGCUUCUGAGCAAAGAGCCUUUCCUUUAAAUUGUAUCUUAUUUAUUUUAAAAUAGAAACAUUUACACUUUUUUUUCUGUAAGAGCACUUUACAUGUGCGUCUAAUAAAUUUCUUAAACAUUCAAUAAGCUAGUUAUUGUGGGUUGUCUUGACUUACCAUACCCAAUGACAGUUGCCUUCAUCUAUGGCUAUAUCAUUUGGUGGCCACUCAGGGCUGACCAUUUUGGUAAAGUUUGGGUUCCCCUCCUGCUGAAGCAAAGCCUAAGUGUGUAAGGCGAAGGAAUGCAUCUAC